AUGUCAGAGAAUACGCAAGUUACAACUUCCUAUGGGCCUAUAGGGCCCUUAGGAAGCUCAUCCUCUGUCAUUUUCACUAUAACACCAGCGAAUAAUGCUUCAUCGACCUCCGUGACAGCUACAUCAACAUCAGAAUCCGAAUCCAAAUCAGGAGAGGCCCAAACAACGCACUCAACAUCGUCCUCCUCCCUAAUACCAUCGAAAACUACGACACCAGCCUCCAGCGGGAGCAUAGCAGGGAGCGCGACAGCAAAACCUUCUGCGAGUAGCUCACACAAAUCUUCAUCCAGUGGCCAGAUUAGCACUGGUGCACUAGCUGGAGGUAUUGUAGGCGCAUUUGUAGGUGGGUGUCUGUUAGCCUUCCUCGUCGCGUUUCUUUUCUUUCGCAAGCGGAGACAGAGAGAGGCCCCAGUCCAUGCGACUCAAAGUUCCCAUCCAACUUCCGAUGCUGCCACAAAAGGAGCAGCUGCCGUAUUUGGAAAGAAUCUCUAUCCUUCAACUGUCUCAUACCCGACAAAUGAUGCGUUCGACGCCCCGGCAGCCUUCGCUGCGACAUCUUUCAAAAUCCCAUCUAUUCCUCCACCUGCGGAUGAUCAGACUGUGUCCACGAAGAUCGAAUCACUUUUCGAUCAAAUAAGCCUUCAUAUUGAUAACUACUACGUUCGUCUUGAUGAAAGCUCGUCUAUUACUUCAGCAAAGGUUGAUGCUAUUGGCCAAUAUGAUUCGUCCCUGCUUCCUCGGUCUUUGUUCUCCUUUCUUUCCAACAACAAGACCCAACGAGCUGCAUUAACACACGCGCUCGCCUAUCUCCUUUUAGAGGCAAUACGACCUGAAAGCGGAUCUGGAUCUCUUCUUCCGCCAUUUUUUCGAUGGGCGCCCAGCACCACCCGACUCGCCCCCUCUGAACGUGGUAAUCUCUGA